AAACGUCAUCUUUCUUUACGAAUCGGCCGUCACCUCGUGGUGUUUAUUGUGCCUUUGAUUCGUUUUAUUUUUCAUUAAAUUUCGUGAAAAAUAAUUAAAAAAUAAUACAAAAUGAGUUUGUAUAAUUUCAAAAAAAUUAUGGUGGUUCCGCCAGCAAAGGACUUUAUUGAUAUUAUGCUAUCAAAAACACAACGUAAAACCCCCACCGUUGUGCACAAAGGAUACAAAAUAUCUCGCAUUCGUGCUUUCUACACCCGUAAGGUGAAAUACACUCAACAAAAUUUCCACGAUCGUCUAUCGCAAAUUAUUCAGGACUUUCCCAAGUUGGAUGAUGUCCAUCCAUUCUAUGCUGAUUUGAUGAAUGUACUCUACGAUAAGGACCAUUACAAAUUGGCUUUGGGUCAGUUGAACACUGCCAGGCAUUUAAUUGACAAUGUCGCCAAAGAUUACGUUCGUCUGCUGAAAUACGGUGACUCACUGUACCGUUGCAAACAAUUGAAAAAAGCAGCCCUUGGUCGUAUGGCCACAAUCAUGAAACGUCAAGCUUCCAACUUAACAUAUUUGGAACAAGUGCGUCAGCAUUUAUCGCGUUUGCCAACAAUUGAUCCUUACAACAGGACCAUAAUUAUUUGUGGUUUCCCCAAUGUUGGAAAAUCAAGUUUCAUCAACAAAAUUACACGUGCUGACGUUGAAGUACAGCCAUACGCAUUCACAACCAAGAGUUUAUAUGUCGGUCACACAGAUUAUAAAUACCUGCGUUGGCAGGUAAUUGAUACUCCUGGAAUUCUAGAUCAUCCAUUGGAGGAACGUAACGUCAUUGAAAUGCAGGCUAUCACAGCCCUGGCUCAUUUAAGAGCAUGUGUCUUGUACUUUAUGGACAUCUCAGAGCAAUGUGGACACUCUUUAGAAGAGCAAGUCAAACUUUUCGAAGGAAUCAAGCCCUUGUUCACAAAUAAGCCCUUGAUUGUUGCCAUCAACAAAAUCGAUAUCGUAACACUUGAUGAAUUGAACGAUGAUAGAAGACAAAUCAUUACAAAAUUGCAAGAAGACAAGAACAUUCCCGUAAUGUUCAUGUCCACUGUCAACGAAGAAGGUGUCAUGGAAGUCAAAAUCGAAGCCUGCGAACGAUUGUUGUCGUUCCGUGUUGACCAGAAAAUGCGCACCAAGAAAGUCGAUAACAUCCUCAACCGUCUCCAUUUGGCAGUUCCAGCGGCACGUGAUGAAAAGUCACGUCCUCCAUGCAUACCAGAAGGAGCACUUAAACGUCUCCAAACCAAUGCCGAAAAGGCCGAACGCAAACGCAAGCUCGAGAAAGAAAUCGAACAGGAAAUGGGCGAUGACUAUACACUCGAUCUUAAGAAGAACUACACAACGAUACCCGAAGAGGAACGUUACGAUGUCAUUCCCGAAUUCUGGGAAGGCCACAACAUCGCCGACUACAUCGAUCCAGAUAUAUUCGAGAAACUGGAAGAACUCGAACGUGCCGAAGGUAUCCGCGAAGAAUCCGGUAUCUACAAUCCACCCGACAUGUCUAUGGACGAAACACUCAAAGAAAUUCGCGAAAUGGCUAAACAAAUCCGAGGCAAACGAUUCCUCCUGCGUGACGAGAAACGUCUUACGGCUAGAAAGAACAAGCCAAUUAUUCCCCGUAACAAACAACCCAAGGUCCGUGAUCGUUCGGUCACAAAACUUCGUGAAACCAUGGAGAAUCUUGGAGUCGAUAUGUCUGGCACAGAAAAUGCCAACUUUACAAAGAGCGUUGUCGAUAUUCGACGAGGUCUUGUUCAAGUUGGUAGUAAACCAUCGAUUGGCAAGAAGAUACUACUCGACAAAGAAUCUUCAGCGGUUGUCCGUUCGACAGGUCAAGCACUCAAGCGUGCACCUCCCCGAGAUCACCAAGGUGUCAAGAAUACGGCUAUGAAGAAGAAGUUGCACAUAAUGGCCAAGCGAGAUAUUGCCAAGAAGGUGACGAGAAACGGUCUUAAGGGAGAAGCGGAUCGUUUCAUUGGAACGAAGAUGCCCAAGCAUUUGUUCGCUGGCAAGCGUGGAAAUGGCAAAACAGAUAGACGUUAAUUUAGAGUGUGAUUUUAUGAUUUGUAAUUUUUAUUUUGAUUUUUUUUUGUAUUCUGUGGAAGUGGGGGUGUGUACUCUUUCACAGAUUUAAUAUUAUUAAUUUUAUAACAAUGAACUAAGAAGAGAAUAAAUAGAUCUACGAUAAAAAAUGA